AUGACAACAACACAACGACGAUAUCAUAUAGCAUUAGUCGAUUACUUACCAGCUGGUUGUGAGCCAUUAAAUACGAAAUUAAAAGGAACAAUUACUGGAGAUACAGAAUCAUCAGUAUCGAGAUCAAAACGAGAUGUUUUCUUUUGCGGAUUCCGGCCUCAUUCGACUAUUGGUUGGCCUGAUCAUGAAAAUCUGAAAGAUGAGCGUGCUGAAGCAUUUCGAUCAUUAUUAUGGCCUGGUGUCUAUGAAUGGAGUUAUGUAAUGCGUGCAACGUGUGCUGGAACAUUUAUCGUUCCACCAACUAAAGCUGAAGAAAUGUAUUCACCAGAAAAUUUUGGUCGAUGCGUAACAGAAAAAGUUAUAAUUAACUGA